AUGGCAUCAUUGCUCGCUCCGCUGCCGCGCGUGCCCCGGCUCGCUCCCCUCGGCUUCCUCCAAUCCUUGACCCUGCCUAUCUCCAUCACCGUUCCGCCCAUCCUCGCCGACCUCUGGGAAUCCGUCCUCCGCGCCGUCCCCAAGAAGAAGACCUCGCACAUGAAGAAACGCCACCGUCAAAUGGCAGGCAAGGCCCUGAAGGAUGUGCAGAGCCUCAACAAGUGUCCCGGCUGCGGGCAGGUCAAGCGGGCUCAUAUGCUGUGCCCCCACUGCGUGAGAGAUAUCAAGAACUCUUGGAAGACAGCGCAAACCGCAUGA